UCUACAUGGACUUGUAAACUUCUGAUUCUCGUGUCAAACAGGAACGUUCUUAAGUUUAAGGGAGCAGAGAAUACCCUUCGGUUCUAGCAACGGCAGAUAAUCGACGGAAACGAUGAGCAUGGUGUUGAAACGAAGUAAAUUCCAAGGAUUUUCGAAACAUUCAUCGAACAUUAGAGAAGGUAUUAUGAGAAGCGAAAAUUUCUCCUGGAACCGCAUCUCAAUUCUCGACAACUUUAUAUGGCCGCACUAACUCUCAGUUGGAGUGGAAGUAUUCGUUGUUGCUCUUGAUCACAGGUAGUGGUGUGCGGCGGAUGGUUGGCAGAUCAAUAAGAGGUUGUCCGUGUUCAGUCUGGAAGACUUUUCUGCUUUGUGCUGUGAUUUUAGUGUGGAGUGUUAGCGGAUCUGUACUUGUUCUUAGCAAAAGAUCCAGGGGUGGAGAAGCAAUGUCGUUGCCCAAAGUGGCAGCGAAUUACACCCCUUUGACACCGUUGGGGUUUUUGGAGAGAUCUGCGUUUGUGUAUGGCAGCAGAACAUCGGUCAUCUACGGAGAUGUGAGGUAUACUUGGGCACAGACCUACGAGCGAUGCAGGAGAAUGGCGUCUGCACUGGUAAAGCGAGGCUUGUCUCGCGGUGACAUCGUCUCCGUUGUAGCUCCCAACGUGCCCUGCAUUUAUGAAGCGCAUUUCGGAGUACCUAUGGCGGGGAUGGUGCUGAAUGCCAUAAACAUCCGCCUUGAUGCUCGUAUGACCGCGUUCUUUCUGGAGCAUUCGAAGACUAAAGCCCUGAUUGUAGACGAAGAAUUUUUCCCACUCAUUGAUGAGGCGCUUGGAAUCCUUAGUAGUAAGUUGGGGUCGAUCGAGAUGCCGCUCCUGGUUGUGGCCGAGGAAGGACAAGGGGGUAUUGAUCGGCAGAAGCACGGCGGCUUUGCAGCUGCUCUAGCCAGGGGAGCAAUUGAGUACGAAUCGUUUUUAUCUGAAGGCGAUCCGGCCUUUGUAUGGGCUCCUCCUGCGGAUGAGUGGGACUCAAUUGCCCUAGGUUACACUUCAGGUACAACAUCGAGCCCUAAGGGCGUUCUUCUCUCCCAUAGAGGAGCUUAUGUUGCAGCUCUGAGCAAUCUCCUCGUCUGGGAGGUCCCCAUUGGAGCCGUCUAUUUGUGGACCCUCCCCUUGUUUCAUUGCAACGGAUGGUGCUACUCCUGGGGCAUUGCAGCCCAUGCGGGUACGAAUGUCUGUCUUCGUCACGUUACUGCCACUGGGAUUUAUAAUGCCAUUCGAAAGUAUGGAGUCACACAUUUUUGUGGCGCUCCAGUAGUGCUGAACAUGUUGAUAAAUUCACCCGUAUCCGAGAGAGCUCCGAUGUCACAUACAAUUCAUGUCAUGACUGCGGGAGCGGCUCCGCCAGCGAUUGUUCUAUCCAAAAUGGAGGAACAGGGGUUUAGGGUGACACAUACUUAUGGAUUGACGGAGACUUUUGGGCCAAGCACGAUCUGCGCCUGGAAGCCAGAGUGGGACAGCUUACCUGUUGCCGACAGAGCUCGGCUAAAUUCUCGACAAGGUGUUCGUUAUGUUGGAUUAGAGGGACUUGACGUUGUGGACUUGAAGUCGAUGGUACCUGUGCCCGCUGAUGGAGCUACGCUUGGUGAAGUAGUGAUGCGAGGGAACAUGGUUAUGAAAGGGUACUUAAACAACCCUAAAGCCACGGAGGAAAGUUUUCAAGGGGGAUGGUAUCACUCUGGAGACAUCGCUGUUAAGCAUCCAGACGGGUAUAUAGAGAUUAAAGACAGAGCCAAAGACAUUAUCAUAUCGGGUGGGGAGAAUAUUAGUUCUCUGGAGGUGGAGAGUAUUCUUUACCGACAUCCUGGCAUACUGGAAGCUUCGGUGGUGGCAAGGCCUGAUGAGCAAUGGGGGGAAACUCCCUGUGCAUUUAUUACACCAAAUGGCAAGGUUCCAAUCACUGAGGCUGAUGUGAUACAGUUCUGUCGAAAGGAGUUGCCACAUUACAUGGUACCUCGAUCUGUCGUGUUUGGUCCCUUGCCGAAGACUGCCACUGGUAAGAUUCAGAAGCACGUACUGAGGACGAAAGCCAAGGCGUUGGGAAACCUUAACAAAAAUCCCAGGAGUCGUAUGUAGUAUUAUCUGCUGCAGAUUUGGGCUUCCAGUCUGGAGGUACUUGAAUUGGUAUGGUCUGAAUACAUGCUAUUUAAGUUGGAGAAAUCGUCCCUUCACCAUAUACUCUUUUUUUCUAUAUUUUAAAAUUUUUUACCUUUUCUUUUCUUUUCUUUGUGGUUUGUUUUUUUUUUGGCUAUCCUCCACAGGAGAUCCAUGCUGUAAAUAGUGCGAACUCAGCAAAGAUGGUACUAUUCUCUAUGCAUUGGUGACUAAAACGUGCCAGAAGUUGGAAGUGCAACACAGCUAUCCUAAUCGUUAAAGUUACAAGGUAUUGCACUCUGUUUCUCUUUUCUCACAAGAGGAAGUGCAUAUUGACAUGUUACUGCAACUAUCUAUUUUGGUGUUA